AUGGGCGGCCUGCUCUCCUCCCCCAUCGUCCUGGGCGCCUCCCUCCUGGCCGUCGUCGUGCUCUACCUCGCCCUCUCCGGCUCUUCUGCCUCUUCUCCCGGUAACAAGCAGCAGAAGAAGGACGGCCAGGAGCCCGCCUCCUUUCUCAUGUACUGCCGCUUCGUCUACGCCAACUUCAUCAAGCCCCUGCACACGCCCUCGUCCGCCGGCGCCACCUCCGGCCAGCAGCAGGCCCUCGAGAACUUCUACCAGACUCAGGUACUUCCUUAUCAUCAUCAACGGCCACACCACGGCAGCACCCACGCAGGAGACGAUGACGAGACCUAUCAAAGACUGGUGUUGACGCUGUGUGAACAGGCUUCCGUGUACGAUGCGACUAGACGACGUCUGCUCAGGGGCCGCGAGGACAUGCUCGGCCUCCUCGCCGCCCAGGUCGGCCUCAAGAUGGCCUCCAAGGACCACAAGCCCAUCUGGGUUGACAUUGGCGGUGGAACUGGGUGCGUCAAAAGUGCCGGAAAGUAUAACAUCGAGGCCAUGGCAGCGUUUCUGGAUGUCGAACGGCACUUUGAGCAUGUCUACCUCGUCGACCUGUCUCCGUCGCUGUGCGAGGUCGCCAGGCAGCGCUUCGCCCGGCUCGGAUGGAAGAACGUCUCCGUCUUCUGCCAGGAUGCGAGGGAGUUUCGCGUUCCGGGUCAGGAUGCGAAGGCCGAUCUCAUCACCAUGAGCUACUCCCUGUCCAUGAUCCCAGGUACACCCCUACCCAUACCCUUUAACCUGUACGGACGUGCUGAUGGCUGGGCAGACUACUACUCCGUCGUCGACUCGCUCUCCUCCCUGCUGAGAAAUGACGGCACCAUCGGAGUAUGCGACUUUUACGUCCAGAACAUCGUCGACUUGGCCACCAGGAACUAUACCGGCGGCAUCUCCAAUCGCCACGUCAACUGGCUCGGCCGUGUCUUCUGGCGUGCCUGGUUCGACGUUGAUCGUGUCAACCUGGAAGCCGCGCGCAGGGACUACCUCGAAUACCGCUUCGGUACCGUCAUCUCCGCCAGUGAGCGCAACUACUUGCUCGGCGGCAUCCCCUACUACAUCUUCAUCGGGUGCCAAAAGGACCUUACCCUCAACGACAGCGACGCCAUCGCCCGUCUGGACGCCACCCUCACCGAGUCCCCGUAUCUCUCGCCAACCCACCACCGCUCCGAGCUCUCCAGGGCCGUCCAGCGCACGAUCCCCGAAGUCCGGUCCAAGGCAUACGAAUCCGCCAUCGUCAACCUCUCCUCCAACCUGCCCUUGCCCUCUUUCUUCUACCAGCACCACCACUGGCGUAUCUGCUACAACGAACUCCUCGCCAAGCACACCCAGUUCAACAAGGAGUACAUCUACGCCUUCACCUGGGAAGAUCCCCGUGUCGACCACCGCCUGCUGAACAUCACCUCGGACGACGUCAUCCUCGCCAUCACCAGUGCCGGAGACAACAUCCUGGACUACCUGUCCGGACCCCACACCCCCCGCCGCAUCCACGCCGUAGACCUCAACCCGAAUCAGAACCAUCUGCUCGAACUGAAAGUCGCCUCCUUCACCGCGCUCUCCCACAGCGACCACUGGAAGAUCUUCGGCGAGGGCAAGCACCCCGGGUUCCGUGACCUGCUCAUCUCAAAGCUCUCUCCCCACCUCUCCUCGCAGGCCUUCCAGUUCUGGCUCGACCAUGCCUCCGUCUUCACCUCCUCCAGCCACGGCCUCUACGAGACCGGCGGCUCCAGACACGCCCUCAAGCUGGUCCGCUACCUCUUCUCCAUCUUCGGCCUGACAGACGAGGUCAAGAAGAUGUGUGCCGCCCAGACGCUCGAGGAACAACGGGCCCUCUGGCCGCGCAUCCGCCGCGUCUUGCUCUCAAAACCGCUCAACUGGGCCAUCGUGGGGACGGAGUGGUUCGCGUGGAAGGCCGCCGGUGUGCCUGCCGCACAGCGAAACAUGAUAUUAACAGACUACAUGGAGCGCGAGAAGCUAGAGGGCGGCCUGAAGGGCGCCAAGGAGAGAGGUGUAGGCGGACAGGCCGUAUGGGAAUACGUCGUCAACACCCUCGACCCGGUCGUCAGGGAGACCCUGUUGGGAGACGACAACUACUUCUACCUCCUCUGUCUGACCGGACAGUUCUCCAAGAGAUGUCACCCAACCUACCUCACGCAAAAGGCCCACACCAAGCUCUCCACCCCAGGCGCCUUUGACGGCCUGCGCAUCCACACAGACGAGAUCCAGGAAGUCAUCUCCCGCAUCACCCCCGGCACCCUAACCAUCGCAGUAGUAAUGGAUUCCAUGGACUGGUUCGAUCCCUCCUCCCAGGCUGCGGCCACGCAAGCAACGGCAUUCAACCAUGCUCUCAAGCUCGGCGGCCGCAUUCUCCUCCGCUCCGCCAGCAUCGAACCAUGGUACAUCUCUGUUUUCCAAAAAUGCGGAUUCACCACUAGGAGAGUCGGGGCCAGAUUCCCCGGCGCAUGCAUCGACCGAGCUGGCCAGACAGGAGCCCUCAACCAAACCGGCCCUUCCGACCACUCCAGCUAA